CCUCAUCGAGAGUGUCUGAACACAACUACGGCCCAUCUCGAAGAGACCUGUGGCAAACCUCUACUCGACCUCGAGUGAUGCACGAGUCUCUGAAAAACGAAACGGAUUGCUUGUAUAGUUCAGCUAGCUCCAUCCGUCAGGCUUCACACUGCCACGGACCCGGAGGCCUUGGACCGGAGCAACUCGUGAGCGGUAGAACCAAUUGCCAUGGACGUACGAGAUGGCUCGAGAUACGGAAGGCCGCCGUGUUUGGGUCCCUCAUUGUUGCCAAACUUUGUGGGCAUUGGUUUGAGUAAAACGGAAAUCCUCCGCAGGGCUUCGGUUUGGUCUCGCUGGGAGAGGACGGGGACGAGAAUCAAAGGCCUGCUGACUUCGAAGAGGCCGUUCAGCCGGGGAUGGAGGCGCACCCUCGCUGCACUGGCAGCCCCGAUUCGCCUUUCGGCUGAAGGUCAUCCGUCGCGCAUGCUUUCUUUCUGAGGGCCGUCGAAUUGCGGGGCGGGCACGAUGUGGGAAUCACAUGAGUCGAUCUACCGUCUGAUUCCUGAGGUCGUCGUUCAGCCUCCUAAGACUCCGCCCAUCCGCUCCCAGAAAGAUGAGAAAAUUUACAAGUUUAUGCUCAGGCUCGAAGAGGAGGCCCGGCAGAGACCCAGAGCAACAUUCGGGCACGUUCCGGGAUCUUUGUGUCCAAGAACUGACAAUUGGUUGAAAAAGCACUCGAAGGAGCCGAAAAUCGCAUACGGCGUGGACCGAUGCUCGGCCCACCAGAAAUACAAGGCCCUCGUUCCGCUCGGACCUCCGACUCAUGGUCUGAACAGCGGGAAGAACUGGAUCGAAGAGAAUGGAAAGACUGCGAUCAAGUCCAAGCCUCCCGUGGUGCCGGACCCUCCACCGCCCAUGGUGAAGAAGAAGAACAACGGCAGAACCCCGAGGUACCUUCUCAAGAGGAUCAAGAAUGCUCUGCAGAAGAUCGAGGAGGCAAGCUCACCAUCCGGAGAGGCCGGCAAGAAGUGCAAACAUCCGGAUUGUCGCAAGCUCGAAGAAGAUGAGAGGCAAGAACUCAUCAUUGCGCUCAAAUUGAAGUGGGAGAAACUGAACAGAGCUUAUCAAGCGUAUCCUUCCACUAUCGACACGGAGUCAAUGAAAUUCAGGAGAGAAGGGAUGGAAGAAGGACUGGCUCAGAUCGAGAGAGACGUGCAGCUGCUAUCACGACGAGUUGUCUUGAUAUCCGAGAGACCUCCUUCAACAUCACCGACCACGAGGAAGAAGGAGCAGCGCCAUCUGGUCAGUCGAGCUAUAGGAUAAUGUGUCUACGCAGAGGACCUCGUCAGGCAGCCUGGCUGCUGCUGGCAGGGUGUGGUUCAUGUCCAGCACAAUGGAGCUGUUCGUGUACUCUCCCAGUUUUGGAAUCCCCGUCUUCGAGAACUUUGUGGAUGCCAUCCAUAGCUUUGAGUAGCAUGUAGGCGUGGAUUUUGUAGCAUAGUCUAUUCAUGUUCAUGGGUUCAAGAAAAUCAAUUCAUGGAAUUUUUGAUCGAGGGACAUCCUUUGACACCGAGUCACAAACUGCUACUGGCUCAUCUUCCAUGAAAGCUUGGGUUUUGCAACUGGUGCGUCUGAAGAGCAACCAGCACCACCUCCUUUCUUACUCAAACUCUCGGUGGCGUGAAGACUUCUGUAUUAGCGGCAGAUGACGUGCUCAAUAAUCUCAUAAGAAGUCAUCACCACCACCAACAAUUGCUGGUGGGCUUGAACAAAAGUGUCAACUCUAUGCAUGCAGCAUUGGACUUGCUUUUUCGUGUUAC